CAACACUCUCUCUCUCUCUCUAUAUAACACAAACCCAACUUCUGAUUUGUCAUCAAAAUCAAAUCCCUUCUUUUAUAAAGCUUUUGAUUCUUAGUUCAGAUUCCCUGGUUCUACCAUUAGCAGAAAAGCAGGAUGAGUGUGGAAGUUUUGGAUAGUGCCACCAUUGUGAACUUCGUGGAGGACGAAGAAGCAUUCACUGUAUCAAUACGUGACCGUUUUGCUCACCUUGAUACAGACCAAGAUGGUCUUCUUUCCUUUGCAGAAAUGAUGAAGGAGCUGCAGAGUCUCAGGGUUUUCGAGACUCACUUUGGGAUCGAUGUGAAGAGAGACCCAGAAGAGCUGGCUCGAGUUUAUGGUUCUCUGUUUGAACAGUUUGAUCAUGACUCGAAUGGGAGAGUAGAUUUGGAGGAGUUCAAAGAAGAGACCAAGCUGAUGAUGCUGGCCAUGGCUAAUGGGUUGGGUUUUUUGCCUGUUCAGAUGGUGUUGGAAGAGGAUAGUCUCUUGAAGAAAGCUGUGGAGAGGGAGUCUGCUUCUGCUUCUGCUUAGAUUUUUGCCAUUCUCUGCUUCAACUUUAUACUGCAACUCAAUUACCCUUCAUAUUUUUUUGUUGUCUUUAAUUUUUCCAUUGUAUGCAAAGCUUAGAGCUUUUACCAAUUUAAAAUAAAUGUUUUGUUCUGUAAUUGAGAUAAAAAAUGGUUCAAAUUCAGUUCUAGCUAGCUUUGAGCA